AUGCAAUCACAGGAGUUUGAUUUCGACAGUGGGAGAUCAUCUCCUUGUGGAAGCUCACCAUCCACACCUAAAGGCUUCCCUGAUUACCAUUUUAACAUUGCUCCUUUUCUAACACCACCUCGUAAUUUCGAUGUAGGCGUAAAAAACCCGCUUUUGUCGCCCCAACAAUCACCAAAUAUGACUAGAAAAGUACACCAUAACAAGAGUUUCUGGUCGGCGUUUUCACCUAAACGUAAGAAAGACGCACAAUCUAAUCAGUAUAAUGAAACAGCUGCAGUAGUAGACAGUAAAGCAAGAAAAACGAAGCAAAAAAGAGAGACGGAGAGAGUUUCUCGUUUAUGUAACUCGAGUCAUGGACGAAGGACUACAAGAUCACUUUCUCCAUUGAGAUCAAAGUAUUAUUUAUGGGAGGAAGAAGAACAGCAAAAUACACAACAAAAUACACAACAAAAUACAAAGCAAUUUUGCUCUUUCACAAGUAGAAAAUGGAAAUUGAAAGAUUUGUUAUUGUUUCGGAGUGCAUCAGAAGGAAGAGCAUCGGAUAAAGAUCCUUUAAAGAUGUAUUCAUACAUGAUGCAAAAGCAACACGAAGUUGUUAAGAGUGUAAGUUUAUCACAAUCGACAAUAGAGGGGUCUCCUAGUGCAACUCCGAAAAGCAGGAGAGGACGGAUUUCAGCUCAUGAAUUGCACUAUACAGUAAACAAGGCAAUCUCACAAGAUAUGAAGAGGAAAUCAUUUCUUCCUUACAAACAAGGGAUUUUAGGUCGAUUGGCAUUUAAUCCGACUGUUCAUGCAUUAGCCCAUGGCUCAUAUUAGAAGACAACAACUGUAACAAUGUCAGAGCCUUAAUCCCAAAAGACUGGGGUCAUAUUAGAACACAUUUUUUAAAUUUUUUUGCCCAAGUGAAAGCCACUUAAUGGCAUUUGGAUAUGGAAAGUUGGUUUUUGUUUGAUAAAAAGUCCAUAAAAUUGGUGUAUUACAAUUAUACACCCCAUAGUAAUACAAUUCCAAGGGUAAAGAAAAGUGCAAUAUUUGAUGAGUGAACUAGAAAGGAUAGAAAUGGAGGCAUCAUUUGUAUCUCUACAAUCACAAGAUUUUGUUAAUGGUUAUUUUACAGCAUUUUAUGGUUCAUUUGUUGUUUAUUGAAUAUAAGGUCACCCCAUCUUUUAUUUUUUAUAAUCACCAUGGAAAAAUAAUCACAAACAAAAUUCAAGCAAAGAGAUAGUAUUUGUUUCAUGUGCUUCCAACAUUUAUUGAUGUAAAUACAAAAUUGAGGUUAACUUGUUAGCCAAAUAAAUAAUAACACCCUAAAUAUUACUUCUUGUUUUGUCUUGGUUUUGACUACUUUGUAGCUCUCCUCACUUGAACAUUUUUCAUAAGCUAAAUAACAUUGUUUUUUUUUUUUUGUUGUAACAUUUACUUCUUGUUCUUACUUCCCUAUCAUAUCACCUUAAGGGGCAUUUGGUAUGCUUAGCGGAAGUGUAACGGAAUGGUAUUUGUUAAGGAAGAGAAAAGGUAAUAGAAAGUAUUAUUUUUAUACUCCCUUCGUUCCUUUUUAUUUGUCCACUUUACUUUUUCACGUAUUUCAACGCAAAUUUUGAGCCUCAAUAUCUCAUAGUAUGCAUAAUAAAAAAUUGUAAAAAUUAUAUAAUAAAAUUCUUUGCAUUAAGACGAAUCUAACAAGAUCUCACAUGAAUUUAUUUUGUCUUAAAUAUAUACUUCAAAAAUUAAAUUUAAGUUUCUCUCUCAUAAAGUGGAAAAAUUUUAAGUAGACAAACAAAAAGAAACAGAGGGAGUAAGUUAUUUCGGUUAAAAUGGUAUGGAACUACUAAUAAGAAAUGGUAUUCCAACCCAUUAUCAACUCUCUCCUUGAAUUACUUUGUUUAUGUAUUCACCAGAAAACUAUCAAAAUAAUGAAAAUAAAUCAAAUUUAACUAUCAUCAAUCCAUCAAAAAAAUAAAAAAUAAAAUUCAAAAAUCAUCAUCACUAAUCAAUAACAAUUCAGCAAUCACUCCACAUUUGUUUUGUCUUGUAUUCAACAAUCAUCACUCACCACACAAAAAAAAAAAAAAAAAAAAGAAAGUUAGAAUCAACUGAAAAUCAGAAUGGAGAGAUGAAUUGAGUAGAGCAAAGAGGAAUUGAGAAUGGAGAGAUGAAUUGAUUAGAGCAAAGAGGAAUUGAUAAUGGAGAGAUGAAUUGAGUAGAGUAGAUCAUGCUCAUUAUUCACUC